AUGGCGGCAAGGGGAAUAAUCGUCCUGCUCCUAGCGACCUUGACCCUGAAAGAUGGCCAGUGUAGCACUAGGUACUUCGUGAAGAUGAGGACGAACGCCUCCGAGCUGUUCAAAACGAAGGGAGAUCAUUCGAGGGUACUUGUCGCGCCGAUCGCGGCCACCCACAGUCCAUUGUAUGAUGAAACAAAGGCUGCCUUUCAGGACGAUGGCCAGAGGAUGAUCAAGGACUAUCCGAGGAACGUGGACGAGCCUAAGAACGCGUUCGAGACCUCCACCUUCAAUCCAGACGUGCUGAACAAAUUUCUGGAAGAGUACGCCAGCAAAAUUAAGAGCAGCACGGAGAAGUAUCAGAGGUAUCCGUUUAGGAUCGUCAAACCUAACGAAGCUCUGGCACUCGAAGUGGACGAGCAGACUACUCAGGCCAGCAGCACGAAUUACGAACAGGUUACGAAGUACGAAGAGGACACUAAUAACUCGACUCAAUCCACCGUGGAUGGGUUAAGUGAAACUUCGAACGACACCCUGAAGAGGAACAAAUACUAUGGAGCAAAUUCAUACGAAGACAGGAAUGGCUGGGUCACAUUAGAGGCAAUUCCAUGGUCCAAGAGCAAAAUUUCCAAGUGGCAGGCGACGCCAAGUACGCAACGACCAUGGCCGGAAGUGAAACCUUGGGACAAUAAGCCAGGCAUAGGGAAACCUUGGGCCUCAGACUAUUCCGUGAGGCCAAUCUACGAGAACAAUAAACCAUGGUAUGAGAAGCCAAAGCCAACUUGGCCAGAAACCAGCAACGAAAAGCCUUGGCAAAAGCCAACAACACGGCCCUCCUUUUAUUCAGAGAAGCCUGAGGAAUCUCAGGCUCAAAAAUGGCCUCCAGAGAGGCCAUCUUGGAACAAGUACUCAGAUCGACCCAAUAGCGACAUAAUCACAGACAAUCGUCCAGCUAAUUUUCCAAAUAACUGGAACAGACCUCAGCCAACGAAACCAAGCUAUCAGUUCCUGGACAAGUACCCUGAGAAAAAUCAAGCCGAAGAAAAUAACGAUUGGCAUGAUUUUCCAACGAGAUUCGACGAUCGUUUACGACCUUCUACCGAGAGGCCAGGAUUUUCACAAUACCAGUACGUGAACAAUCAUCCUCAGAGCUAUCCUGGAAACGGAGAUGGUCAGUGGGUACUAUUAUCUACGAAUAGAGGAUACUCGAAGUCCAGACAGAGAUCUAUGAAGACAGAGCCAGUAGAGAACGCUACAAAAAGUGUGGCUGUACGUGGGGAAGAGCCUGAUCCAGCGAUCGCUGUGAUGACGUCCAAGAGACAGGUCAGGUUGACGGUGUUACCGUCGAUAAACGGCACGAAUACGACGACGUCGCAUGGAGGACUCUUAGAAGUGGAGAAGACAUUCAAAAGCGUGGAUCAGAGUCGAAAAGAGUACGAAAUGGAGAAGCAUACACUACCUACGAUCCUGAAAAAGAGACCAAUCAGAAACACAUUGGGAAAUCAGGCAUCUAGCUCUGCUGUCCUGGCUGCUGUUGGUGCAGGAAUAUUACCGGCAACAAUGGCGAUGAUGAUACCCAUGAUUCUUGGCCGUCGCAAGAGGGACUUGAUGGCUUCCGGUUUGAGACUGCUCGAUCACCGCGAUGAUUCAGUAACGAAUAUUCACCGUCUCGCGAUAGAAAGUCGAGCUCGUGGAAGAAGGCAAAGAUAG